UGGUGUCCGGAUGUGUCUGUUAAGCCUUUCCAAACACCGUUGUGGUGCGAACCAAUUUUGCCCCACGUUCCUUUGCGACUCUUCUGGAUUUGUAAUGGGCUCUUCUCUUCAAUCAACAGGCUUCAAUCACUUGAAGCCAUAGCAUCAGAGCCAUGUACAUUCAGAGGAUCAUAGUGGAGUCUUUGGCAGCUUCGAAUAUCAUCAAGAAGGUGACAUCUGUUGGCGAUGACGAGAGGCCGGUGGUGUUCUGGCACGGUUACGGUGAUAGCUAUAACUCUACAGCUAUGCAGCACGUCAUUGGAAUAGUGCGAGAGACCAAGCCUGAUUCGUACACCUAUUCGAUUAAGCUGGACGACGAUGACUCGAAGGACCAACGGUUAUCCAUGUUCAGUGAUGUCAACAUGGAUAUCGACUAUGUUUGCAAACAGCUCAGGGAGGUUGAUUCUCUUGCCAAUGGCUUUGACAUGAUUGGGUUCUCUCAAGGAGGACUGUUUGCCAGGGCAGCCGUUGAGCGAUGCGCACUUCCCGUUCACACACUGAUAACGUUUGGAUCCCCACACUCUGGUAUAUCGGACCUUCCAAAGUGCUCUCCAAAUGAUUGGCUCUGUAAGAAGAAGAACGACGCAUUGACCAAGCCGGGAAACAUUUGGAGAGAUUGGGUACAGAAUACCAUCGUGCCAGCACAAUACUUCAGAAGAAGAGAUGACUAUUACGAAUAUCUGGAAAAAUCUGCCUUCCUCGCUGAUGUGAACAACGAGAGAGAAAACAAGCAACAACUGUACAAGGACAAUUUGGGUUCCUUGGAAAGACUUGUACUCAUACAAUUCGAGCAGGACCAGACAGUUGUGCCAAAAUGUACAGCUUGGUUCUGUGAUGAGGACGAUGAGGGAAACUAUGUGAGCUUCGUCGACACUAAAUUCUAUCGUAAAGACUUAUUAGGAUUGAAGUCAUUGUACGAUAAUGGACAGAUAGAUUUCUUGUCCGUUGAUGAUGACCAUAUGUCAUUCUCUGACGAUUACCUUAGAGAAAUAGCACAGAGGUACUUGGGCAAAAAUUCCACGGCAUAGAUUGGUGUUAUUUUUGAAUCAAGAGCUUCGAGGCCUUCGAAGCUUUCAGUUUGCUUAUUUUGCUUCUCAGUGGGGGAUUGAACCGUUACUUUUCGCUGAUACAGGUUCCCCAUCAACUUCCUCCUCUCUUUCAUACAACAUCCCCUGCCUUUAAUUUUGAUGAACAAAGAACUCGACAUCUUCGUAAGAGGAUGUAAAAGGGGGCUUUGACACUUUCGUUGUGUAACAUUGGUUUGAUGCACCACAGUAUGCUUGGAUCAGUCUGGUCAUCGUUGUUUCCCGCUUCAAUAUGCUCUUUUCGCUCGUAUA